AAAAAUUACUUAUUUUUUUAAUCUUUUUUUUAAAAGAUAGUCUAUAAUAUUUUAAUUUUUUCACAUAAUAUAUUCAAGAUCAUAAUUAAAUAAUACUUUUAAUAUAUUUUAUAUAAUUUUAAUUUAAUAUCAUAUAAUUAAUUAUUUUUAAAUUUCUUAAAUUUCGUAACAAUUAAAAAUCUUUUUUUUUUUUGUUUAAAAUAUGUCAUCCAUUUAAGAAACGGAGUAUGUUGCUGGGCCAGCCAGGCCCUAUAUAAAUGUUCAUUUUUUUUUUAUUGUAGCAAAUCAUCAUUUCUUUUGUAUCUUCUCUUGUUGCGUGAUUUGUUACUGUUCACCCAAAGGAGGAUCCCGAUCUUUGUCAGGAGUCGCUAUGGCUUCAAAGCGGAUCUUGAAGGAGCUCAAAGAUCUUCAAAAGGAUCCUCCUACUUCUUGUAGCGCUGGACCUGUUGCUGAGGACAUGUUUCAUUGGCAAGCAACGAUCAUGGGUCCUUCCGACAGUCCUUAUUCUGGUGGGGUUUUUCUGGUGACAAUUCAUUUUCCUCCAGAUUAUCCAUUCAAGCCACCUAAGGUGGCUUUCAGGACAAAAGUUUUCCACCCAAACAUAAACAGCAACGGGAGCAUAUGCCUUGACAUUUUGAAGGAGCAGUGGAGCCCUGCCCUAACAAUUUCCAAGGUGUUGCUUUCGAUAUGUUCUCUUCUGACGGACCCGAAUCCUGAUGAUCCUUUGGUCCCCGAGAUUGCACACAUGUACAAGACAGAUCGGAACAAGUACGAGACUACUGCAAGGAGCUGGACCCAGAAGUAUGCCAUGGGCUAAAUGCACAUCGGUAUUUGUGGGAUCAAGACAUUGUACUUUCAGAUAUUUGUUAUUUACAUUGAAUGCAUUGAUGAGUUAAAAUCUGUUCUUUGAGCUAUACCAUGGGCAGUGGGGAGAGUCCAUGUCUUAAACGAGGGGAGGAAAAUGAUGAAUGCUGCUCUUUAAUGAUUGUAUGAUCAAUUUGAUCUUUGAAAGAAACCAAUGAAUUAACCUUUUCUUGCAA